GUGAUGUCGCCACUUGUGUGUGUGUUUAGUGAUGAGUUUAUAUAGCGCUUUUACAUUGAAAAAAAAACAGGGGGCUUUUCGAUUUCGAAUGUGUGUUAUUUGUUUGGUCGAUAGAAUAAUUGAAAAUUUGUUUGAAACUUUUUUGGUAUUUUUGAUCAAUUAUCGAGAAUAUAAAUUCUGUUGCUGUUUUGAAUUUCGUUAUCGAUUGUUUCGAUCCAUGUGCAUCCUAUAUAUAUGUUUUAUGUCGCAAAAACAACAAUUAUCCAAUCCUGUUUUUUUUCUUCUAUCGAAAUUGUGCAAACCAAAUUUUGACCCGAAAUAAUGACCGAAAUAAAAACAAAUGUCAAUCAUUUAACGAUUGUAUCGCCAUCAACUACAGUAUCAACGGCAGUUGCCGAUAUGGUUGGUGCCGUUAUCAAUAAUGUUGCCGAAUCAUCCAUGAACGAUAUUAAUAAUGAUGAUGAUGAUGGUGAUGGUGUUAUUGGCCAAUUGGAACUGGAUCAUCAAUCACAAUUAUUACAAAAUUAUUCAUUCAAUUCUAAGAAACAAACGAAUGAAAUGGAAUCGGAUGAUGAUGAUGAUGAUGAAAUGAUGGUGGAUGAUUUCGAAUAUCCAUCCGAUUUUGAUCCAAAUGACUAUGAACCGAUUGAAUUUAGUAAAGAACAUAAACGUAAAUUAUUAUCAUUAUUAAACAUGAUUAUACCGGAUUUGAAUCCAUUGAAUUCAUUUAACUUAUCCACGAACCAUCAUAAAAAAUCAUCAAAAUCAAAAUUAUCAUCAUCAUCAUCAUCAUCAUCAUUGUUGAAUGAUUCAGCUCAAAAUGUUCUAGCACGUCUUACAUGUUUGAUACAAUUAUUCAAUGAUUAUUUUCGUCCACAAGAAAUAUGGCCAUUGUUAGGACGAUUACCACUCAGUUUACGUAUGGAUAAAUCAUCUAAAAGAUUAAAAUUUAUCGAAGAAUUGGAUUCAAAGAAAAUUCGUCAAUUGAAUAAUUAUUUUCGUUGUUGGCUUUAUCUAUUCUACACUUGUGAUGAAAUCAUUGAAUCAAUCGAUAUAAUGGAACAAUCAUCAUCAACGCCAUUGGAAAUGUUUACAAUGAUGAUAUUGAAUGUAUUCAAUCAUUUACGUGAUUCAUUACCACAAAUUAGACAAAUAUUCAUCGAUCAUUGGUUUCCAUUAGAAUCAUUUGAAAAACGUUUAGAAUGUUUUUUUCGUUAUGAUAAAAUCCAUCAGAUAAUCAUACAUCGAUUAGCACAUGAACGUUUAAUACAUACAUUGAUGAAUGAAAAAUAUUUAUUGGUAAAAAAACAACUUGAAUUGAAGACAAAAGAAAAUGAUCAAUUACAAUUGCAAUUAUCUCGUUUACAAUCGACCAAUAGUAAAAAUACAUUGAUACAAAAUAAUAAAUCACAGAUAAAUGAAAUGCAAACUGCCAUUCAACCAACAACAGCACCUCAAACAAAAAUCAAACCUCUGUCGUUUUCUUUUUCAUCGAUGUAUAAUAAUAAUAAUAAUCAAUCGGGUAAAUCAUUACUGCCUCAACAACAAUCAUCAUCAUUACAACCGAAAAGUCAAUUAAAAUCAAUUUUAUUGGCACAGCCCAGAUCACCUGUUCCAUCUAUAAUAACAUCGGAUAGUUGUUCCAAUAGUGCAUACAGUAGUAGUGGUUCCACAUCACCAACACAAUCAAUUUUGAAUUCUACAAAUUCCGAUAUAUCGAAUCGAAUCAAGGAUUCAAAACCGACAUCAUUGGAUUUGGCUAAAGCGGUUGCCAAUAAAAUUCAUCAAACAAGAUGUACUACUAAAGCAAAAGCUGAAUCUGCUUCUGCCGCUGCUGCUGCUGCUGCAUUAUCUAAUAAUAAUAAUAAAACAAAUGCUCCAGAUCCAGAAUACUCGAUUUUUGGACGACGAGGAAGACCACGUAAAUUUUCUUCACUUAACGAUUCGACUGAUGAAUGUAAAAAUCAAAAUAAAAAAGCUCGAAUAUCUGCACAGACAAAAGUUGACCAUCAACAGCCAAAUGAUCAAUUAAUGCAAUCGAUACGAUCUAGAUCAAGAUUUAAAAUGAAAAAUUCAUUACUCAAAAUAGAUUCUGCAGAAACGGUUAAUAAUAAAAAUUCACCAAAAUUGCCUCUAUCGUUGAAUGCCAUAUCACAGCAACAAACCGGACCAUUGAAACCGAUUGUCAAAAUGAAUUCAACAAUUGGAUCAAAAUCAUUACUCGAUACUACUAGUAGUAAUAAUAAUAGUAAAAAUAACAACAAUGAUAAUAGUAUCAAAUUAUAUGAAAAAUCAUCAAAAAGUUUAAUCAUCAAACCAUUGCAGGUAAAAACCGAAUCACCUACAAUGUCAUCAUUGACAACAUUUGAGGAAAAAUUUAAUAUCAAAAUACACGGGUCUAAUCAACCAUCAUCAUCAUCAUCAUCAUCAUCAUUGCCAGAAAUUAAUCUUGCUUUAUUUUAUUUUGUUGAUUCAUCCACAAAUCGUUUGAUAUGUCGAAUAUGUAGUGAAAAUCUUAAUGAUAUGGAUAAAUUCUUAAAACAUCUUGAUGAACAUGUUACAAAUAAUGAUGUUUUUCAAUGUGAAAUAUGUGCGAAAAUAUUUACAACCAAAUAUAAAUUAACACGUCAUUUACCUAUCCAUUCUGGUGAGAAACCAUUUAUAUGUCAAAAAUGUAAUCGUUGUUAUUCACGUCGUGAUAAAUUAAGUGAACAUAUCAAAGCAGUACAUUCGGAGAAACCAUUUGUGAAGAAUCGAAUUAUUCCUACUGUUUCAUCUAAUGAACAAGAUACAAAACCACAAUCAUUGAAAACAUAUGGAACAACAACAAAUGGUACAACAACAACAACAACAACAAAUCAUAUUGAUGAUGAUGAUAAAUCAUCUAACAAUGGAAAUGAUGUUUUAUCAUCUAACUGUACAACGACACUAAGUAAUGGUAAUGGCAAUGGCAAUACUACUUGUAAUUUGAAUAAUUCAUCUAAUGAUAAAUGUAUGGCCACAAAUAAUGAUAGUAGUAAACAAUCAUCAUCAGCAUUAAAAAUUGAAGAAAUUUUAAUCAACGAUGAUAGUAGUAAUUUGGAUAAUUCUGAAUUUGAACCAAUUGGUGAUAAUUGUAAUAAUGCUAAUGAUUAUGGUGAUGUUGAUGUUGAUGACGAUGCUGAUGAUGAUGAUGAUGACCAGAAACAAGAUCAAGAUUUAGAUAUAAAAUCUAAAAUUGAAAUUGCAGAACUAGAUUGAUUGAUAUCAUCAUCAUCAUCAUCUUAUAAUAUAUAAAUAUAAACAGAUUAUAAUUUUGUAAUUUCUAUGC